CAACCGUAUAUAAUGCGCCCUGAUGUGGCUCAGUGCUAAGAUGUCGACAAUGUUGUGAACAAGUGCAAACAAGGUACAUCAGCAUGUUUUGCACUAAUUGUGGACAUGAAGUGGAGAAAACAGAUAAAUUCUGCCGUGAAUGUGGUCAUAAGUUAACUGCCAAGCUCAAAACUUCCACCCAAGAUGUGACCACCUCAGCACCUCAAGCCUCACUCACCGGUGCAGUAAAGCACCAAAGAGACAAUGAAGAUCAGUUUCCAUCGCACAAACACCCCAAAGAAGAACCAGAAGACAACAGCCAAGAAAAGGGGCAGUUGACCAGUGAGGAGUCUGAUGGUGCAACCAGAGAUGAUACCUCACCACAGGAACCGUCAGACAGCGCUGCCAGUGCAGCUGCGGUGGACACCAGUGCCACGCCCUCACCCCCCCACCAGGCACUGUCAGAUGACCACUUGCUCACCACCAGGAAGCCACAAGUUACAGAGAGUAGAAAGGAGGAAGAGAGGCCAUCUGGUGCAGAAUGCCCUCCUCAGACAUUUGCUGCAGCUGUUAAAUCAAACCUGGCUGUUUCCUGCUCAGCGUCCUCCCCAACCUCUUCCUCUGAAAAAAUUACAGCACAACAGACCAGCCCUCUGCCACAUACAGGUGCAGACAACUGUCCCAAUGUGGUACAGGUUCCUGCUGAAAAGUCCAAUGACAAUGCUAAACCUCCAUCUAACUCAGCAUCACCAACGUCAUCCGUAGAAACAGGUGCUGCAGUGCCUGACUUGUCAGAGCAAACAGCUGAAGAAUGUGCCCCGGUGAGAAAGCAGCCCUCGUCUGAAAUACCAGGUAGAGAUAAGAAGACUGAGACACAGCAGCCGCCCGGGAGACCAGAAGAUCAGUCUAGGAAUGAGAAUCAAGCCAAAACUGGACAGCAGACACAAGGCCAAGGUCGUCACCCGAAUGAGCAGAAUGCUAGUCAGACAGAUGGUACUGCUGCCCCAAGUUCAUCAACACAGGGGCAGUUGACCAGUGAGGAGUCUGAUGGGGCAACCAGAGAUGAUACCUCACCACAGGAACCGUCAGACAGCGCUGCCAGUGCAGCUGCGGUGGACACCAGUGCCACGCCCUCACCCCCCCACCAGGCACUGUCAGAUGACCACUUGCUCACCACCAGGAAGCCACAAGUUACAGAGAGUAGAAGGGAGGAAGAGAGGCCAUCUGGUGCAGAGUGCCCUCCUCAGACAUUUGCUGCAGCUGUUAAAUCAAACCUGGCUGUUUCCUCCUCAGCGUCCUCCCCAACCUCUUCCUCUGAAAAAAUUACAGCACAACAGACCGCCCCGGUGAGAAAGCAGCCCUCCACUGAAAUACCAGGUAGAGAUAAGAAGACUGAGACACAGCAGCCGUCCGGGAGACCAGAAGCUGCCCCAAGUUCAUCAACACAGGCUGAUGACAAUAAAUCAGAUGGAAGUAAAAACACACAGCUGGCAAGCAAACUGGUUCAGCAACCACUGCACGGUGGUGUAGAUGUCCCCCGGUCACAAACCCCGUCCACACCUGCCAGCCAGAGCAACACAGGCACACGCCCUCCAGUGGCAAAAGAUGAAAGAUCCAAGCAGACUGAGACACCACAGGCUUCACCAAGCACACAGACUCUUGGGCGUGAGCAUGUUUUGGUGUACUUCCAUGCUGUCACAUCCAAAGAAUUACAUUUGGAUCCAUCCAAUGACAUGGUUUUCCUAAAAUCUGGAGGCUUGUUUGGAGACUGGAAGACAGGGUUUAAAAUGAGCAUCACUAGGGAUCUAGGGGAAGGAAGAUUCCUUGUUGAGGGACGGUUCGCAGUUGAAAAAAACAAAAUUCAUAGGAGCAUACCUUACAAAUACACUGUUUACAAGCUCCAUGGAAAUAAUUAUGUGGAAAUGUAUGAAGUCAUCUAUCAGAAGGAUGGAAAUCAGAUGAUCAACAGGUGCCUGUCUGUCAACCUGGAGCUUUUGACACAUGAAGGGGAGUGGCACCAAUACGACGAUGUAAUCUAUCUGGAGCUAAAGAAAGGCUUCUGGCUGUGGGAUAACACAAAAACUGAGGUCAUGAAAGGACGAGAACGCGCUGGAAGGGUGAUGCUGGGAAUUAUCUUUGAUCUCCUGACAACCUGGAAUCGACCAAAUGUGGAGAACUUCUUUAUCCUGCUACAACAGUUUUUUGUAACAUAUUGCUAUCCCCUACUUCAUGAUGGCAAGGAAAGACCAUGGGGAUUACAAUAUGGUGAAGAACAGGUGAAACACCUGCUCAAAGACUUCCUUCACGAACACAUCAUUCCCCAGCAACGAAAAAAGAGUGAAAGACCUGAAGCCCUGUUGCCUCCUCUGCAUGCAGGACUUAUUGCUCUGCUUGUUUAUUACAAGUAUCUGAGGGAGAGCAUCGGAGAUCAGCUGUCAAAUUUGUGUGAUCUUCUACGGCUGCCUCAUUUCCAGCAGCAACAAGAGUUCCUCAGUUAUUGGGAACAUUUCACGAGGCCUUUACCAGAUCAAAAAGGUAUCGCAGAUUCUGUUGAGAUGCUUCGCAAAGAUGCAAGAUAUAACAACAUUGAGAAGUGGAUCUUGGUCAUCCCUCUGAUUCACCUACUGAGAGGAGACAGCAAACCUUUUGAGCCAGUUUCACCUGACCUACCAUGGACAGGACAUACAGGAAGCAAAGGAGCACAUGCUCAUAACAGGAAUCUGAUCAAGAUCAUGAAAGACAACAGCUACUUAGCGGAUAUUGAUCGUCUGCUUGUGCCCACCUGGAUGUCUCUGUUGAGUUUGGAUGAUGUAGUGAGCCUCAAAGAAUUUGUGUCAGUGGAGCUCUUGGACAUCCUUCGUCACAUGCUAUACAGUCUCCAACAUGGAAUCAGUUACUAUGACUACAUUUUAUGA